AUGGCGGACGUCCUAACCCGUUGGUGGUUACACAGAGAAAGCUGAGGAUAAAUAGCUUAAUCCGUGUUAGAUCGACGAACACUUGGACUUGUGUCCGAACGUAGGAUUUUUGCGCAGGGCUGCGUGAACAUUUUAAAGAGAGAAGCGCAGAAGAUGUCGAUAAUGGAAGGGACUUUGUGGAAAUGGACGAACUAUCUAAGUGGUUGGCAGCCCAGGUGGUUUGUCCUAGAAGUUGGAGUGUUGGCGUAUUACAAAUCUCAGGAAGAGGUUGGGCUUGGAAGCAGAGGAUCAGUGAAAAUGGCUUGUUGUGAAAUUUCAGUACAUCCUACAGAUGCUGUUCGAAUUGACCUGAAGAUUCCCCCGGACCAAUACAUUUACCUUAGGGCUGCCACACCAGCUGAACGACAACAGUGGUUAGUUGCAUUGGGAACAGCCAAAGCAUGUUUGACAACAAUGAAACAUAACGGCCACUCAGAAGUUCCUGGAGAAUCCAUGAGCCAGUUAAAGGAGAAGAUGCAAGAGCUGAACAUGUAUCGCAGUUUACUACUGCAACAAAUCAGCACCAUUAAGAUGCUCUGCAGCAAUAAAGAGGACAACCAGGAAUUUGGAGAAGCGGCAACCAUGCUAUCUGCAACUUGUGAUGAAUUUCUCAAAAACAUUUGUGACUGUAUGGAUUUAGCGGAAAGUAACUUUGGGAGCUCCUCAUCUUCACCAUCUUCACCAUCAACUUCCAUGAAUAAGACUUUGACAUCAACAAAGCACAGUACUUUUCAAAAACAAUUACUCCAUGAUGGUCAUAGGUCUGCAUCCCCUCCACCAUCGCCAACUCCAAGUGUUGCCAGUUCAUUUAGUUCUACUUACAAUGGACCACCAAGCGUCACAACCGUAAGCGACCAAUCAGUUCACAGCGAUAGAAUGACGUCAUCAGUUACCAAGCAGCUCACGACCCAGACUCCUAACCAAGUGGUUGGGAACCGUUCUUCAACAAAUUCCUCUGAGCAUAAUGAUCGCAGGCACGUGCAAGCUAGCGGAGUGUCGGCCAACCCCACCCUCAAUCAUCACAAGGCGAAGUAUAUUGAAUUGUCUCGGAAUUCCCUCGAUUCACAGUCGUCGACUUCAAAUUCAGAGGAAGUUAAGGAGGAACCUUUAACAUUCUUCACUAGUGUGCAAUUUAGAUUUGAGAACAUUCAGUUAGGACCAGACAAUGGUAUUCCCACUAAACUUUUUCUAUCGUCCUGUUCGUGUAUCCUACCGUUUCUCGAUGUUCUUGGAUCAACUGCAUUUGCUCCUGUUAAACUGGAUAUCAGUGGGAAUAUAAAAAAACUCGAAGCUAAACACGAUACGGACCCGAAAGCGUUUGUCACGCUGCAAAAUAUUGUUUACCAAGAACUCAAAAGCAACACGUGUACGGUGAAAAACUCAGCUACGGACGCGUUACUAUGGUUGAAAAGAGCUUUAGAGUUUAUGCAAGUGUUUCUCGCUGAAGUUGUUCGAGGAGAAAAAGAUCUCGCUGUAGCGGCAGGUACGGCUUACGGCAAGACGCUCAGAAGAUAUCAUGGUUGGGUCGUUAGAGGGGUUUUCGCUUUGGCAGUUAAAGCAGUGCCAUACAGAUCGGAUUUUCUUACAGCUCUUGCGACCACUGAAAAGGGCUUGGCCACUCACAAGGAUGUCAUACGGGACAUGAAGAUGUGCGUUGAGGGACUGAGUCGAUUUACGAACAUUAUAAACCAGUUAUACCGGAAGCACAAACUCGAUUCGGAGGAGACCGUGUAACGACGUCACGCUUCAUUUCGGCGGAACCGUUCGUGACAUUGUCACGCUUUUCCGCCCUGUUCACGCACACAUACGAGGCUUUUGUCCUCGUUCUUAUGUAGUUAAUCACAUAGCUAGCUCAAAAUUUAUUUUAAUAAGAACUAUUAUUAACUAAGUAACAUAAAUAUUUAAGAACGACAGUCAGUAUAUAUAGAGUUAACUUUAGAUCUCGUUGCUAAAAGAAUGAAUAGAGUCAGGAACCCAUUACUUAAUGGGCUCCCGAUAAAGUAGUGUUCAGAGGACUCCCCCUCUACCGCUGUGAACUGGGUUCCAUUUCCAAAGGUGGCAUGAAAUGUGUGUUGAGAUUUUUGCUGGUUUUCGUUGUUGUGGUGAGGAUUUUUCUUUGGAAGCUGUGGUUUUCCUCCUCCUCAAAGCACCAACACUACAAAUUUCAGUUCGACUUGAUUCGUUAUCAGACUUUCCCUGGUUCUUCCCAAGCUGUUAUUGUUCCACGCAGAGUCUUCAAGCUCAGUGGAAGUUUCCAUUAGCCUUAUCACUCUCAAGAACUCAUCAGAAAAU